CCGCUCCUGUGCCACACACAACAUGGCGGAGCGGCUGCCGGCCGCACCGCCGUCAAGCGAGAGCGGCCGUAAAGGGAGCCUCGGCUGCGCGACAGCGAGCGGCGGCGGGCGGGGCAUAAUAAAGCAGUGAAGAGAAACUGAAGGAAGUAUUACAUGCCUUACUGAUCAGAAAACUGUUUCUGAAGUAUUUGGGCAAACUACCUAUAUAUGUAGUAAAAUCUACAAAGGUUGAAGGUGUGGAGAGCAUGGGUUAUGAUAUUGAGCGCUUUGUGGGCUAUGUUAAUGAAGGGCUGUUGUGCUCCAUCUGCCGAGACGUGUUAGAAGAUCCACUGCAGGCUCCUUGUGAACACGCUUUCUGCACUGCCUGUAUCCAUGGCUGGCUUGUUCAUCACAGUAACUGCCCUGAAGACAGACAAGUGAUUGAUGUGUCUUUGCUACGACCUCUCUACAGAUAUAUGAAAAAUGAUUUAAACCGUCUUCAGCUACAUUGCAGAAACAGGGAGUAUGGCUGUGAAAUGGUUUGUUCUCUGGAGUCUAUAGACAGGCAUGAAAGGGAGUGUGAGUACAGUCAGAUACCUUGCUCCAAUGCUGGUUGUACGGUGCAGAUUGAGCGGCGUAACAUGGACGGGCACCUGGCGGUGUGCGAGUACCGGAGCCGGGAGUGCCCCAAUGGCUGUGGUUACACCAUUCUCAGUGCAGAGGACACGCAGCACAACUGUGUGGCAGAGCUAAGAACUGAGCUGGAGCUACUUCGGUCAGAAAUGAUCUGCAGAGUGGAGGAGGCAAAACAUGAGAUGGAGUCAAGGUUAGAUUCACAGAGAAGGCAUAUGGUCCAAAAAGAAAGUAUUCUGCAAAAUGAAAUUGAAGAACUAAAGAGUCAGAUGUCACGAAUGAUGUCAGAUGUGCGGUCUCUGAUGGCUGCGGAGAGACAGCACCGUCAAGAGCUGGAGCAGGCAGAGCUGGAAAAACGGGAGUUAAUGGAGCUGCUGAAGGGGCUGCAGAAGGACUGUCGAUUAACUACUACAGAGGGAAGCAGGAAGUCAAAUUUCCGUCCCUUGACACGACUAGAGAGUGUGAAAAGAAAACCUAGGGAAGUUACAGUUAUCUAAAUAGUACUAAGCUCAAAAAGCAUUUUCUUCAAAUACUGUCUUCUGGCAAACUACUUUCUUUGAAUGAUUGGUAAAUUUUAUAUCAUUUCUGAUUUACUUGUUUUCUUUUAAAGUCUAAAUUACAACUGUAUUUUCUUUGGGGCCAUAAAAACAAACAGAAGAAUUUUUUUCUGAGGGAAUACUGAUCAUUAAAACCAGUAAUUGGAAGACAUAUUUUUAGCUAAUGGGGAGGAGACUUGAUUCAUUCUCUCUUUACUGUAUCACUUACAGGAAUCUUUCAAGCCUGAAAGCUACAGCUUUUUAAAGAUACGGACUAUUAUAGACCAGGAAGAAAACAACAUUUAAAUACCUAUGUUUCAAACAAAAAAGCAAAUGUGACCACUUGGGAUGUACUUAAUUUGAGGAAAAGUGAAUAGUAGAAUUAGUAAGUCAGUAAUAGAAGUUAAUAAGAUUUUGUUUGUUUGUAGUUUGUAGAAGGUCUUAUUUCAAAGGUUGAAAGCAAGCACUUUAAAUUGUAAUUCUUCUGCUAUGUAAAGCUUCGGGUGAGAUUGACUGUUGCUUUAGAGCUUCUUCUCAUUUCCCAGGCUGAUACACACUUAAGAGACUAAUGCUAAAGCCCAAGGUAGUAGAAUGAUCUAAAACCUUUUAAACAGAUGUGUGAAUAACUUUGAGUUUGUGGGAAUGGAUCUGCUUCUUAUUUAAAAAUUUGAAGCUUUUAUAUGUGAAAGUAUCAGGAAUUUCUACAGGAUCUUUUAAGCAUAAGACCAGUCCAUUUGGUACUCAAUGUCUUUAAAGCAUAUAUAAAUACUUAGAGUAUCUUUUAUUUUCUUGUGGCAGGUUUAAGGCUACUUGAUAUGCACAAGAGAUAAAUAUUUGCACAGUCACUUGGGCUUCAGACAUCUGUGUUAGUGCUCAAGCACUAACACAGGGCUGCAGGGAGUGCCAGAGCCUGGCACUGGCAUCUGAGGGUAACAGAACACCUGUGUGAGUGCGAGCAGGUCAAUGAUCUGCUCUGCUUAGUGCUACAACUCAAAGAGGAGAUAGAAGGGCUAAGGGAUGUUAGAGCAUCUGAGGAAGAGAUUGACUGGUAGAGCCAUACUCUGCCUCUCCUGAGGCGAGUGUACCAGUCACGUGCACCUCAGAAAGUGGAGGAUCGCUAGAGGUGAACCUAGGGUGGCAGGCCUGUGAUGGGGGCAAAAGCACUGGCCCGGCUAAAGUGCAUCUACACCAAUGCACCAUGUGGGCAGCAAGCAGGAGGAGCUGGAAGCCAUUGUGCAGCAGGAAGGUUUUGAUGUUGUCACCAUCACAGAAACAUGGUGGGAUCACUCACAUGACUGGAGUGCUGCAAUGGCUGGAUAUAAGCGCUUUAGAAGAGACAGGUGAAGCAGGAGAGGUGGUUGGAUAGCACUGUACAAUGGGGAGUGUUUUGAUUGGAUUGAAAUUGAUGAUGAAGAUGACAAGGUUGAGUGCCUCUGGUAAAGAUCAGGGUGAAGGUCAGCAGGGCAGAUGUCAUGGUGGGAGUCUGUUAGAGACCACCCAGCCAGUCCAGGCUGAUGACGCGUUCUACAAACAGCUGGCAGAAGCCUCACAGUCACCAGCCUUUGUACUCAGGGGUGACUUCAGCUUGCCAGAUGUCUGCUGGAAAUACAGCAGAGAGGAAGCAGCCUAGGAGGUUCCUGGAAUGUGUGGAAGACAUCUUUCUAACUAACACAACUGGUAGAUGAGCCUAACAGAGGAGGGGCCCUAUUGUUUGUGGGCAAAGAAGGACUGGUGGGUGAUGAGAUGGUCAGUGGCCAUCUUGGGCAGGGUGACCAUGAACUGUUAGGGCUUUCUGUACUGGGUAAAGUGAGGAGGGGCACCAGCAGAAUUUCCACCUUGGACUUUGGCGAGCAGACUUUGGCCUGUCUAGGGCAUUCAUUGACCAAGUCCCUUGGAAGUCAGUCCUGAAGGGCGAAGGAGUACAGGAAGGUGGAUCUGCUUUAAAAAGGAAUUAUUAAAUAUUCAGGAACAGACUGUCACCAUGUGUAGAAAAACAAGUUGUCAGGAAAAAAGACCAGUGUGGUUAAACAGAGAGCUUAAGCUGGAAUUUAGGGAAAAUAAAAGAGAAUAUAUCACCUCUGGAAGGAGGGUCAGGUAACUUGGGAGGACUGUAAGAAUGUCACAAGGUCAUGUAGGAAGAAGAUUAAAAGGGACAAAGCCCAACUAGAACUUGAUUUGGCCACUACAGUUAAAGACAACAAAAAAGUUUCUAUUAAUAUUUUGACAGCAAAAGGAGGGUCAAGGAGUGGCUCUGCCAUUAGUUGAAUCCAGAGGGUGGUGUAGUGACAGGGGUUGAGGAAAAGGCAGAGGUACUUAAUGCCUUCUUUGCCUCGGUCUUCAAUAUCAGGAUCAGUUAUUCUCAAGAUGCCCAGCUCCCUGAGACGGAAGUUGUUGAUGGGCAGAUGAGUGAAAUCCCCAUAAUCCAGGAGGAGAUGGUUAGUGACCUGCUCUGCCAGUUAGACACUCACAGGUCUAUGGGCCCUGAUGGGAUCCACCCCAGAGUAAUGAGGGAACUGGCAAAAGUAUUUGCCAAAACACUUUCAAUCAUCUAUCAGCAGUCCUGCUCAACUGGAGAAGUUCCAUCUGACUGGAGAUUAGCAAAUGUAUCACCCAUCUACAAGAACGGUUGGAAGGAUGACCUGGGGAACUACAGGCCUGUCAGCCUGACUUCAGCUCGGGGCAAGGUUCUGGAAGAGAUCAUCCUGAGUGCCAUUACAUGGCACAUGCAGGACAACCAAGGGAUCAAGCCAGGCUUUAAGAAAGGCAGGUCCUGCUUGACUGAUCUGAUCUCCUGCGACCAAGUGACCUGCUGAGAAGGUGAGGGAGAGGCUGUGGAUGUUGUCUAUCUAGACUUCAGGGAAGCAUUUCACACCAUCUUCCAUAGCAUCCUCCCAGAAAAACUGGCUACCUGGGGUUUGGAUGGGUGGACUCUCCAAUGGAUAAAAAAUUGGCUGGUUGUUAGGCCCAGAGAGUGGUGGGGAACGGAGCUAAAUCCAGUUGGCAGCUGGUCACUGGUGGUGUUCACCAGGGCUCAGUAUUUGGGCCAGUUCUGUUUAACACCAUUAUUAAUGAUCUGGUCUUGGGGAUUGAGUGCGCCCUGAAUAAAUUUGCAGACACUACCAAGUUGGAUGGGAUGUUGAUCUGUUUAAGGGUAGGAAGGCUCUGCAGACAGACCUGGACAGGGUCGAUGAAUGUGCGAAGGACAGCUGCACGAGGUUCAGUAAGGCAAAGUGCUGGGUCCUGCCCUUGGGUUGCAGCAACCCCAUGCAGUGCUACAGGCUGGGGGCAGAGUGGCUCGAGAGCUGUUCAGCAGAAAGGGACUUGGGGGUGCUGGUUGACAGCUGGCCUAAUAUGAGCCAACGUGUGGCCAGGUGGCCAAGAACGCCAAUGGCAUCCUAGCCUGUAUCAGAAAUAGUGUGGCACUGAUUGUCCCUCUAUAUUUGGCACUGGUGAGGCCACACCUUGAGUGCUGUGUCCAGUUUUGGCCCCUCACUUUAAAAAGGGCAUUGAAAUGCUUAAGCAUGUCCAGCAAAGGGCAACAAAGCUCAUGAAAGGUCUAAAAAGCUUGUCUAAUGAGGAACAGCUGAGAGGGCUGGGUUGGUUUAGCCUAGAGAAGAGGAGGCUCAAAGGGGGACCUCUUCACUCUCUACAACUCCAUGAAAGGAGGUGUAACCAGGUGGGGACUGGUCUCUACUACUGUGCCUACAAUGAGAGGACAAGAGGAAAUAGCCUUAAGCUGAGACAGGGGAGAUGCAGAUUAGAUGUUAGAAAAAAAAUUUUCACUGUUAGGGUGGUCAAGCAUUGCAAUAGGGUGCUCAGGGAGCUGGUGGAGUCACCAUCCCUGGAGGUGUUCAAGAGUUGUCAGGAUCUGGGGCUGGGCAAUGGUUUAGUGGUUUUGGGGUUACAGGAGUAGUUCUGGGUUGACAGUUGAACUUGGUCUCUUCCACCCUUGAUGAUUCUAUGACUCAAAGUUUGCAAUAGAAUUUUUUAACAGACUCACAAAUCAAGGAGGCAUUUAUCUGUAAGCACUGCAUGAGAAAUCUGUAUAGUUCAAAGACUUUCUCCAAACUUCUUACACAGCCUGUUCAUGUUCUUUUCAGUGCUAUAACUAAGCCAUAUUCUCAGCUCCUCAGUGGACUAACUAUAGAGGUAUCUAGCCUUCUGUUUACUGAAUGUGUUAAAUCAGUUUUGAAGGCUCAGGAAAAUAUGUGCAGGUUCAACAACCCGAAUAUGUUAGUUUUAUAGUUUAGAAAGCAACUGCAUUACUGUGCAUGCCUUGCUGUCACUCAGAGCAAUGCUUUUAUAGCUAAUAGCAUAACCAAAGAGAGAGGCAGCAAUCUUCUUUAGCACAUAGUCUACAUUAUGAAGACUUGUGGUCAGAGCUGUCUGAAUUUCGGGCAUUAAUAAAUCCUUCUAACUUGCUGUUUCUUUAGUACCACUGAGGCAGAUGUGCACAUAUUCAGGUCUUAGUAUUUAAAAACUGGUCUUGUGUAUUUAAAAACUGAUAUAAAUAGCUCUUCUGUAAAAGUGGGUUUUUUUCAGGGAAAAAAACCACAUUCAAAGUAAUUUAGAGUAUUUGGGACACUAUAGCAGUCUCACCAAUUCAUGGCAUAGCACAUCUCUUAAGCAGCCAUGUUUAAUAAUCUCAAACAGUAAACCAGUAGCUAUAAUUUGGGAAGACCUUCAUUCACACUAAAUGUUCAGUGGUCAGUUCACUUAAUCAAUGUGUGUAUUAAAGCAAUAGGUAGAAAGUAAGAAUGCUGUUACUCUCAUGUUCUAAACAAGCAAGCUGUGAGUGUCUGUGCUCUGCGUGACAUUAUUGCAGCAUUCAUGCUAAUUUUCAAGCUUUUUGGCAACAUCAGAUUUCAUGCUAUUAGAUUUAGUUAGUGCUUUUCUGUGUAUCGUAACUGUGUGGUGGUGAUGUGACUUUAUCAACUUUGCCUAAUGUAAAGAAGAAAAUCACUUCAAAAUCCUUUAGAACUCAAUGAACUGGAUCAUCUUUCCUGAGUCAGAGGGCAGUAACCCAAUCUUUUCUGUUCCGACCACAGAAGAAAGCAAGUUAUUAGCUCUGUGCUUUCCCCAUAAGGGGAUCUCUGCAUUUGUUUGCUUUAGAAACUUCACCCACUUAUUUAUGACUAAAUUCCUCCUAGCAUGGGAAAUAGGGUUUAUUUAAUGUUUACUUAGUGUUUGGUCUGCUGUCUUUUCCCUAAGUGCUGGACAUGAAACUGUGUGAGAAAACGCAUCCUGGGUGGUAAGGAAGGACUUUCUGCUGUGCAAUCAAGCUCUGACAGUCUGAACUUCCAGUGUGAAAAUGUGGCCCACUGGCUGCUGGAAUGGGCUGUCACUAUGGGUUUCCUUUAGCAGCAAAGAAGCCCUUUCAGAGAUGUUUUAAAUAGGUACACAGUAGCUAAUGGCAUCAGGUCUCUCUGGUGGCUCUAAGCUUUAUGCCAUUCCUCUGGGUUGAUAACGGUUCUGCACUUCAGAUUUUCCUCUGCUAAUGAACUUCUCACAGGGUGGCAUUGCUGAAGUAUCGUCAUCAUUUGACCUGUCUUACAACUGACUAGACUGACAUGAAAUAGCCCGUUACAUUAAUAUUUCAUCUACUUGCUUUUCCAGUGUCAUGUAUUAUGCAGCUCUUAAUAGCAGUUGGCAGAAGCAAGGGAUUUUUUUUCUUUCUUUCAAAUAGUCUGUUAAUCCUUUCCACAAAAACUAAGACUCCAAAUAUUGUACUAGACCUGACAGAAGUUAAAGACACUCACUUGGAAAUGCUACUUCCUUAGUCAUGAUCAUAUUUUAGAAUUAUAUGAGAGACACUGCUAAAAGUGCAUUACAGGAGGGUUCCAGCACGGAAUUACUGGUAUUAUUAUUCUCAUACUAAAUCACACUUUAAUCAGUUCCAUUUCCUCACAAGUGGAACUGCUACUCAAGUGGACCAGUAACUGUGCAAACUGUUGUAUUUUGAGUUGCUGCUUCUAGCUCUUUGCAGCUGGAAGAGGGAGAGCAAAGAGAGGAACGCAUAAAUGUGGUGUGACUGUUCCCUCAGCCCAAAAGCAGUGAUGCGGCUGCACCAGCCUGUGGCACCAGGCUUACCAGUGUGAGCUGCCAGCGUGUGGCAGGGAGUUAACAUGGCAUUAGAAUUAAAAGGAGAUUAAGUCUUUAUCCAGUUAGGUGGGUACACAAUGUCAGAGUACCAAGCCUGGGAGAUUCACAAACAAAACUCUGAGAGAGCAAGUGGUUAAGUAAAGUACGUGGAACUUUCAUCUACAAGAGUUUCUUGUCAGCAUAGAAGGGAAGGGAAUUGCACACUCAAGCAAAAUACCUGCUAUAGUGAUGUAUUUUGACUGGCCAAAAGUGGUUUUAUCUGAAAUGUUCUUAGGUGUUUGUAUGAAGUAAUGUAUUAAUAGACCCCAGUUGCAAACAGUUCCUAAUUUACAGAAAUGGGUAGCCUUGCAAAUGAAAUUUUCCAUGUGCUGUCUUCUUGGAUGUUUCUGGCAUGGUGCUUCUCUACAGCCACUUUCCUUAGAAGUGCUGGGUAGUAUUGACAGGGAGCAAUACUAGCCUUGCCUUUCCCCCGUACUGUUGUCAGAUGGAGUACGGUAGGUCAGGGAGAUUUUACCACGUAGAAGAUGCCUUUAUAAACACCUACAAUUCUAUGCAACUUUCUAUUAACAGAGUAAACACUGAACUGUCUUCCAGCAUUAUGGGUCGAUGCCAGUCUAUUUACGUUUUCUACCUUUAUAUGCACAAGGAUAAACCAGCACUAAACAGAUCUUAAUCUCUAGGCUGUAUAAGAAACAGUAACACUUUGUAUCACUUUGAAGUACACUUUGUAUAAAAGUUGAACUAAUAAAGGGUCUACAUCAUCAUUAA